AUGAUAACUGCAACGGACUGCAAACAUCCAAUCCAGCUGCACAUCACAAGACACCCCCGCCCCAAUACUUCCCAAGCACCCGACCACCCUACUACGAACGAGCGCUUCGUCCCUCCAUCUUGCUGCCUGCUCCCCUUAUAUCCUCUCCCCCCGCAGUUGCAAGCCUCACCGUCAACCCUCUUACGACCGCCGCUUGCUACUCACCGACGCCUCCACUUCGACACUAUGGCAUCCAACCGGGCCAGGCGCAUUGCGAAGGAGAUUGCUGAUAUCAAGGCCGAUACCUUGUCACAGAUCCUGGUGGAUAUUGCGGGGAAUGGCGAGGACCUUACCCAUCUGCGUGGUCAAUUCCGCGGUCCGCCUGAUACCCCAUACGAGGGCGGUACCUUCUACGUUGAUAUCAAGAUUCCCAGCGAUUACCCAUUCCGCCCACCUAUUAUGAAAUUCGAGACCAAGAUCUGGCACCCUAAUGUCAGCUCUCAAACCGGUGCCAUCUGCCUGGACACAUUAUCGUCACAAUGGUCGCCUGUAUUGACCAUCAAGUCUGCCCUCAUCUCCCUCCAGUCUCUUCUGAGCACGCCUGAACCUAAAGAUCCCCAAGAUGCCGAAGUCGCCGGUAUGCUCAUCCGAAACCCUGCCGAAUUUGACCAUGUAGCCCGGGACUGGUCUGUCCGUUAUGCUGGCGCUCCAAAGAAGGAGAUCGCCGAGGGCAGUGGCGGCGCCACUGCCGAGACCAUUAAGCGUAAAGCGCAGGAGUCGAAAGCAAAGGAAGAGAAGAACAAGAUGGCCGCGUACCAUGGUUACAAUAAAGAGCUUGUUGAUCGUUUCGUUGCUAUGGGCUUUGAUGUCGAAGCUGUUGUGGCCGCUUUCGAAUACGUCGGUAUUGACCGUAUGGGUGGAGAAGACUACGAGCUGGAGGAGGCAUACAUGGGCGACGUCACAGCCCGUCUCUUUGGCGAGGCGUAA